UACUUGGGAGGUGGGUACAGAUACAGAAUCAGCCAGCCUCCAGUCAACACUGGCUACCUCCACCAUGACGACAUCCAGCUGGGUGGCUACCAGACCAGCCGGACGAGGACCACCAGGUCCAGAUCAGUUUGUCAGGCUGACCAAGAGGCAGUGCUCCAGGGUGCGUCUGCUGAAGGGUGUCCCAGCCCUGGUGCAGCUCUUCAGCAGUGACAGCCAGGAGGUCCAGCGCUAUGCUACAGGUGCUACAUGCAACCUCAUCUAUGAGAACAUGGACAACAAGGCGGCCCUCAUUGAGGCUGGGGGAGUAGCCAAGCUCAUCAGUGUCCUGAACGAACCAGAUGAGGAGCUUCACAAGAACAUCACUGGUAUUCUGUGGAACAUGUCCUCUAAGGAGAGGUUGGCCAGAGAGACAUUGAGUGAGCUCACAGAGAUGGUGCUGGUGCCCCUGUGCAGUGGUGGAGAUUCAGAGCUGAUCCGUCAGAGUCCAUCUGAGGCAGACAUCUUCUACAACACCACAGGCUGCCUGAGGAACCUGAGCUCAGUGAAUGAGAGGACGAGGCAGCAGAUGAGAGACAUGCGAGGGCUGGUGGACUCUCUGGUGGCCUACAUCCAGAACUCCCUUCAGGAUGAGAAAUCAGAGGACAAAGGUGUAGAGAAUGCAGUGUGUGUCCUGAGGAACCUGUCUUAUCAGCUGUACAGUGAGAUCCCUCCCUCAACCCUACUGCAACUGGAGGGCUGUUUCACCCCACAGAGCAAGAAGGCAAAAGAGCGACGGAACCAGGAACUGUCCACCUCAGAGGUGGCUAAGCAGCCGAAGGGGGCGGAGUGGCUGUGGCACCCCCAGGUGGUGGGGCUGUAUAACCGCGUGCUGCAGCACUAUGAGACCAACACGGCAACACGAGAGGCUGCAGCACGGGCCCUGCAGAACAUCACAGCCGGAGAGACCAGGUGGGUGUCAGUGCUGAGUUGGGUGGCUUUAGAGCAGGAGCGGAUACUGCCUGUGGUGCUGGACCUCCUGCAGACACAAAGCGACCAGGAGAUGCGUUCCCUCACUGGCCUCCUGAGGAACCUGUCCCGACACAGCAGAAACAAGGACGACAUGGCUACGAAGGUAGUGAACGUUCUGGUAACCAAGCUCCCCAGUGAUGGCCACCAGAAGGAACCCUCCGGUGAAGUGGUGGUCAACAUAUGUGCAACCCUCAACAACCUGGUUUCAGGCAGUUCACUAGCAGCGAGAGACAUCACCUUCUUUGAUGGAUUCCCCAAAUUCCCCUUGUUGCAAUCAAGUCUUCCCACAACAACACUCAGGGAUGCUGAAGGCUGCCAAGGCUGCUUCCACAGUACUCUUCAACAUGUUCAAGUAAAACAAGCUGCAUAAAGAUUAUAAACAGGUGAGGCUAACACCAUUUAACAUAGACAUUGUGAUAGAUGGGAUUGGAGAGCAGGAAACGGGGUCAUUUGGCCUCUUCCAUUGUGCAUGGCCCUCUGGUUCUUUAUUUUCUUUAUGGCCUCUAAUGGUUAGUCUAACUCUUUUUUUUUUACUCAGCAUUCUCCCCUCCCCCUCCCCUGGAUCCACUGAUAUCCCCCAUAGUUCUUUGGCACAGCAAAUAUAAAUAUUUUCACUAAAGCUGUUAAUUAUUACAUUUUCAUGGAAGUGUAUUUUUCUUGUGGCCCUUAGGAAUCCUCAUUCUGUGCAGGUACUACAGUUAUCAGUUCAAGUUUAUACAAUCUAGUUAUCUGUUAUCGGUUAUAUAUUUAGACUAGCUUUUAUAUCAUGGUUUUCUUUGCUUGAGUUGUUUUGGGGUUUAUUGAACAGGACCGGUAAAACACCUUGGUUUGGUGGUUGGCAACUGGACAGUCCUCUCCUUUGUGCUAUAGUGCUACUUGAGUUUGUAGUGCAGUGUCUUGUCCCUUGUUUCCUUGGAUGGUCAGUUAAAUGGUAUGUUUGGAAUCUGACAGUGGAAUGCUGGGAGCAGUCAUUGAUUGUCUCUUGCAAGAUAAUGGCUGUCUGAUAUUUUGUACAGAGAAAAAACAAUCUUCAGUUGACACUUGUAAACACUGUUUUGGACGAUACCAGAAUUGUGAAAAAUUGCCAUUCCAACAACAGUACAAUAUCCAUC